AAAUUUCAUAAAAUACAUUUAAACAUUUUAUAAUUUAUUAAUUCAACAUGGCUGUUUGUAUAGCAGUAAUAGGUAAAGAUAAUUCUCCAAAAUAUAUAAAAUGUACUGAUGAGGCAAAUGCUUUACAAUUUCAUUAUAAAAUUCAUACUUCAAUUGACAUUGUUGAAGAAAAAUUAAAUAUUGGAAAUAAAACAGCUGCAGAUGUGCGGGAACUCUUUUUAGGAAUGUUAUAUUCCACAGAGGAAUAUAAAAUAUUUGGAUAUGCUACUAAUACCAAAAUUAAAUUUAUAAUUGUUUUACAAUCUUCUAAUGCUACUUUACGAGAUAAUGAAGUAAGAAUGAUGUUCCGUAAACUCCACAUAGCUUAUGCAAAUGCAGUGAGUGAUCCAUUUUAUAUUCCUGGUGAUCAAAUACAGUCAAAAAUAUUCAAUUCUGCAGUGAUGGAUAUAAUGGGUUUACUGGUAGAUGAAAAAAAAAUAUUAAAGUAAAAUAUAGAAGUUGAA